ACAACACACACAUGCAAUGCUUCUCGUGAUCAGUUUUGGUUAUUUGACUCAAUUUCUGUACUACUUAAAAUUUUAAUUAUAAGUAAAUACUAAAAUCAUGAAAAAAAUUUCGAAGAUAUUAGUGAUCUUCAUUUCCAUCUUGUCAAUUAUUUGGAAAUGUUCGAGCUUCGCUGUUAUAAAUCCUUCAAAAGUGAAGCAAAUCUCUUGGAAACCCAGAGCUUUUGUGUAUCAAGGUUUUCUUACUAAUGAGGAAUGCGAUCAUUUGAUCUCUAUUGCGAAGCCGGGUUUGAAGAGAUCAUCUGUUGCAGAUAAUCUAUCUGGAGAGAGUAAACAUAGUGAGGUCCGAACUAGCUCAGGAGUGUUCAUACGCAGGGAAAAUGAUCCAGUUGUUGCUGACAUAGAAGAAAAGAUUGAAACCUGGAGUUUCCUGCCUAAAGAAAAUGGAGAAGACAUUCAAGUUUUAAGAUACGAGCAUGGGCAAAAAUAUGACCCCCACUAUGAUUUCUUCUUGGAUAAGGUUAAUAGUGCAAAGGGUGGUCAUCGAAUAGCAACUGUACUCAUGUAUCUCUCUGACGUUGAAAAAGGUGGUGAAACUGUAUUUCCCAAGGCAGAGGAAUCUUCGCGUCUCAAAUCAUCUAUAGAUGCUAAUUUAUCAGAGUGCGGCCAAAAGGGUGUUGCAGUAAAACCACGAAAGGGAGAUGCACUUCUUUUCUUCAAUCUCCAUCCAAAGGCAAUUCCGGACCUUCAAAGUCUGCAUGCAGGUUGCCCAGUAAUUGAAGGCGAAAAGUGGUCAGCAACAAAAUGGAUUCAUGUUGACUCCACUGACAAGACCUUAGGAGCUGAUGCAAACUGCACAGAUGAGAAUGACCAUUGUGCGUUGUGGGCAGCUCUCGGGGAGUGCCAGAACAACCCUGAGUACAUGGGGGGAACUGAAGAACAACCAGGAUACUGUAGAAGAAGUUGUAAGUUAUGUUAGUCUCUCGGCUACUCAUUACCAUUUCAAUCUACUACUUUUUCGAGUAAUAUUUUUUGGUUCAAACAUUUAUGCUAAGAUUUACAUAAACAAGUAUUUAUAAUUUAGCGUACAUUUGUUAAUGUAGCAAGCCUACUUCUUUUGAAUG